AUGGUCUUCCUUUCCCUCCUUGCGUUCCUUCUCCUCGCAGCUUCUGGGUUGGCUCGAGAUGUUCCUGAUAACGUAAGGGAGCUUUACGACAGCAUCCGGAAGAAGGGGAAAUGCUCCCACAAGCUAGCCACCGGCUUCUGGAGUGACGACAAUGGGUCCAACUCCUUCUCCUACUGCGGCGACCACUUGGAUGAUUAUAAUAUAGUCUAUAUCCAAGGAACACGGGGUGCACUCGCCAACAUGGACGUCGAUUGUGACGGGGCCCAGGGCGGUCAAGCAGAUGAUGGUCGCUGUGCCUCCUCAAACGAUACGCAGUACGUCUCGUCUUUCCAAGACACAGUGGAGUCGUACCGCCAGGGCAUCAAAGACCUUAAUGCCAACAUUCAUCCGUACAUCGUCUUUGGCAACGAAGGCUCUAAACGCGGAUGGGCAACCUUUGAUCCUCGCGAGCACGGGAUUGAGCCGCUAAGCAUUAUGGCGGUUGUGUGUGGUGACAAACUCAUCUAUGGGGUGUGGGGAGAUACUAACGGGGACGAUGGUCCUCGGCCUAUGGUGGGCGAGGCUGCCAUUUCGGUCGCCACGGCGUGUUUCGGUUCGGGCGUGUCUGGGGAUAAUGGGUAUGAUGACGAUGACGUGCUGUACAUUGCCUUUACGGGCCAGGAUGCGGUACCCGGCUCGCAGGGAGCGAACUGGUCUGCGACUAAUUACGAAAUCUUUGAGAAGAGUAUCCAAGACCAAGGAGAUACCCUCAUUGAACGUAUCGGAUCGACCGGUGCCAGGUUUGCCGUUCCGGUUGGCAGUUUGUGGAGAGGUUCCAUGAUACCCUUACUUGUUUCCUUGAUAUUCACAACAUCCCUGACAUAA